AUGUAUAUUAAAAAGAGUCGACAAAUUAUCUUCAUAGUGGACAAAAUUUUCAAGUUUGUAUUUUCAGUGGUUAUCUCCCUUCCUUAUUGCGAUUCACCGGAAUUUUUGUUUCUUUUCGGAAGUUUUAAUGUGUUAUACUUCCUCACUUUGAUAAUCAUGGACAGCCAGAUAAUGAUGGAUGGGCGGAUGAUUGAUUUAAUAGAUGAGCGAUGGCGAGAAGACAAGCUGCCAAUGGAAGAUGUAGCUGUGCCUCAGAUGGAAUUGCCUGAGCUUGAACCUGACAAUGGUCCAACUAUUGAGACUCUACCUCACUCCGCACGAGAAUCUCGUGUGGUUAGUAAGUUGGACGCGAACACGAGUGGCACGUGGGCCGUCAUGGCGAUGGGAAAAUUAAAUCUACGGAUAGAGCGGCUUCGUGAGUUUAUGCAAGGACAAUUAGAAGGACUGUCCAAAUGGCAGUUGGCUUUAUUGUUCGGUACGCCCGUCACUCUUGGACUUGCCGGAUUUAUUUAUUACAAGAGCAAGAAACAUAAGAAAUCCGAUAGCAAAAGUAAUGCGGCGUCGUCGACUACGACAGCGACGGCUGGUGUAAAGAACAAAGUCGUAAAAGAAGCCCAGUUGACGCCACUUGAUGAAGCUCUGGAAGCCAAAAAGAAGGGCAAUAAUUUGUUUAAAGCAGGAAAAUAUUCUGAUGCCAUUGAAUGUUAUACAAAAGCUAUUUCACUUUGUCCAUCAGACCAAACAGAUCAGUUGGCAACAUUCUAUCAAAACAGAGCUGCAGCGUUUGACCAAUUGAAUAAUCAUAAGCAAGUGAUUGCAGAUUGUUCUGAAGCUUUGAAUUUAAAUCCUAAAUAUGCCAAAGCUUUGAACCGAAGAGCCAAGUCUGCAGAUCAUGAAGGAGACUUAAAGUUAGCCUUAGAAGAUUUAACCUUUUUAUGUAUGUUGGAAAAUUUUGCAAAUGAAGAAACUGUCAAAUUUUCUGAGCGUGUACUGCGUGAUCUUGGAAAAAAGAAAGCUAAGAUAGAAAUGGCAUCCCGCAAGCCAACAUUGCCGUCCAAGACCUUUAUGAGUGUUUUCAGAGAAAUGUUCAGAAAUGAUCCCAUUUUCAACAUUGACAUUUUACAAUUGAAUGAAGGUUCUCCAUUCACUGAGGCUUGCAAGCAAUUUUUGAAUAGCAAAUGUGAGAAUGUAAUUGAUCUCUGCAAUGAAGAAUUAUCAUUACCAGAGUCUAAAUAUUUGACAGAAGCCUUGCUCUUGCGAGGAACGGCACAUCUUUACAUGGGCGCCUUUGCAGAUGCUAUUACAGAUUUUGAUACAUUAAUUGAUAAGGCAGAUAUGGAUAAAACUAUCAAAGUGAAUGCACUUAUUAAGAAAAGUAAUUGCUAUGGUCAGCAAAGUUUGUCACAGGAAGCUAUGGAUACUUAUGCUCAGGCCGUGAAUAUUGAUCCAGAAAAUGUAGACAUUUAUUUCCACCGAGGACAGCAACUGAUGUUCCAAGAUCGAUGUAAUGAAAGCGUAGAAGAUUACAAGAAAUGCAUAGAACUAUGUCCAGAUUUCCCUCAAGCUCAUGUCUAUAAAUGUCUUGCAGAGCAUCGAACAGCAUUAAUAAAUAAUUCUACAGAAGGCUUAGAGAAAGUAGCUGUCCGUUUUGGUGAAGUGGUCAACAAGUUCCCAAAUUGUAUUGAAGCAAGAAUCAAAUUUGGCCAAACUUUGCUUGGUCAAGGCAAGCCCGAAGAUGCUCAUGAACAUUUUGAAAAAGUUUUGUUAUUAGACAAGAAUAAUGCUAUGGCUACAGUUUAUAUGGGUGUGCUACUUUUGAAUUAUAAACCAGAUUUUGAUCAAAUCCGUUCAUACAUUGAUAAAGCCAUUGAAAUGGAUGGACGUUAUGAAUAUCCAUACGAGCUUCUUGGUUCUAUUGAAGUGCACAGGGGCAACAUACAAGCUGGUGUAUCCAAUUUCCAAAAGGCCAUUAAAUUGGCUCGAACAGAACAUGAAAUUACUCAUCUCUAUACAUUAAUGGAUGCUACAGAGGCUCAGGUUGAGAAAACUCCACAUAGCCUCAACAGUCAACAUGUAUCUAUUUGCAUGCAAGAUGUCAACUGUUUUUCUUUCAAAUAUUUUCUAUCAAAUGAACUCCAAGAAACAGAAGAAAAGCAAUUUCAUUUUGCUGCUAACUCAACACUUCCAUUUUUUUUUCUUUUCUAA